UUUUUUCGACCAAGAAAAAAGUACAACCUGAACAGAACAGAAACCCUUUAUAAUUCUCACCCCAGUUCAACCUCUGCUCUCUUGCCACUCUGCUCGUCUCUCCGUAGCCUAAGCCCCUCGCCGCUGCCAUCACCAGGCCAAUAUAAGACAUUGAGGAACUUGUCUGCACCAUAGGCGUGGUAUUGGGCAUUCCAGGAGAUGGGGAAGCGAGAGAAGAAGCAGAGACACCAAAGACACCCUCGCAGAGCAGCCUCUCAUUAUCUUGAAGGAGGAGAGGAUAGUUUCAGUUACGAAAACUUGCCCUCAGCUUCGAAGCCUCCUCUUUCCGAUGAAGAGGAUGAGGAAGAGGAGGUGGAGGAGGAAGAACAAGAGCAAGAACAUGACAGCCGAAGUCCAUCACUAGACAUUCCAUCAAAAUUCCUCCUCUACCAACAAUCUGUCCAGUCGCCCAAAGGAGAUAUAAGCUAUUUGCAGAAAUUUUUUCUCAUGUAUGUUGGUGGAAGGCAGCCCCUCCAUCUUCAAGAAGAUUUUUGUGGGAUUGCUCUUCUUAGCAUAGAGUGGCUCCGAAAUGACCCAAGGCACAAAUGUGAUUUGCGGCACUUGUGUCCAACCACCAAUAGGUAUUGUUUGACACCAAGGACACCUCAGACACAACCACAGUAAUCAGUCUCUCAUUAUCUUCCUGCUCUGUCAGAUUUAGUUAUUUGGUUGUACCACCGCCUUUGCCUUUCCUUGGGCGCUUCUUGCAAUCCUUAGCCAGGUAGCUAGGCUUAUUGCAAAUAAAACAUGUCCCUUGGAAUUUUUGGGA